AUGGCGAGCCUGGAUGGCUCCGACGGCCAUGACAGCCCUGCCACGGUCACGACAGACGAAUCACCUUCGGCCCAUAUCCAGGUAACACCAAUCAUUACCGACCAAAUAAGCCCUCAGGAUCCAUCGUCGACGUCGUCGACUUCUCCCGCAGUCCGCUCGACUACGUCGUUUCACGUUUCAAAACGUGCGCCUAAGGCAUGCGGUAAUUGUCAUCGUCGAAAGGUACGAUGCGAUGCCCACUUGAAUGCCGACGGCCAACCGUGCUCUUAUUGUCGGAGUACUGGGCAUGAGUGCGUACUACUCCCUGGUAGACGCGGCAGCACUUACCAGAAAACUAAGAAGCGACUGGCUGCGCAACAAGCCGCCCUUUCCGUCGGCGGCCAAUCCAUUUCUUCACAAGAACCCUCAAACUCGGACCAGCGGCGCCAACGGCGACAAUCUGAUUCUCGUGUUUCCGGAACUGCGUAUCAUCCCACCCGAUCACUAUUGUCGCCCAAAGAUGGAGACCCCACCACAUUUACACCGUUUCCGCCGCAUAAGGACCCGAACCUGGAAAUUAACCCAUCCUUGAGCGAUGAACAUGUCUGGGUUCAGUUUUUGGACAAGGUCCAUGACAGUUCGGGGACCGGACCGGUUGGCCUUGAACAGCAACUUACUGCCCAGAAUACUCCUUCUAGUUUCCGCCCUCGAGCAGAUGAUCAUCAACAAACCCGUGAGAAUUCCACUGAUCGAGAACAAGAAGGGAAGCGACAAGUUCUGAUAUUCAAUGGAGAAACAGCUCUUGACGGUGCUGUUCCAACUAUCGCUGGAUUGCAAAGAAUGCCAAACGCCAAUACCGCCACCCUCGAUCCCCGUCUGGAUUCGUCACUAUCGCUCAGCCAUGUCCCUUCUUUCACACCGCCUCCCAGUUGGACGACUGUUGCGAGCAGAGCGCAUAUCACAGACUUAAAGAUCUUACCCGAUGAUGAUGUCUCAUAUCUUCUUGACCACAAGAAAGUUCACAUCUUCCCACCGAUCGAAUUAUGUGAUAAGCUCGUCUACACAUUCUUUUGUUAUAUAUACCCUCAUCUACCGAUCUUGAAUCGUCCAUCGUUUAUCCGAGGUUAUAGAAAGAUGAUGUCUGGUGAAGGACUCUAUUCCCUGUUCCUGAUGCAUGCAGUCCUAUAUGCGGCCACUUACCAUGCCCCGACAGAGAUACUCAAGCAAUGUGGCUUCGAAAAUCGGCUCACUGCCAGAGCAUAUUUCUUCUCGCGCGCCAAGCUGAUGCAUAUGAUGGAUGGUGAAAAAGAACAUCUAUACACUAUCCAGGGUUGUACGCUAAUGAGUAUGUGGUGGACUCGAUACGAAGAAGAAAAAGAAACUAGGUUCUGGCUACAGGCAGCCGUCCUAUUAAGUCAGCGGAUGGGAAUGCAUCGUUCCAUUCGUUCGGGCUGGGGGCUGGGGGCGAGUGAACGGCGGAUGUGGAAACGUAUCUGGUGGACUUUAUACAGCCGAGAUCAUAUCACAGCAUCAAGUCUUGGGAAACCAAGUCUGAUUAGGCUGAGCGAUUGUGAUGUGAGCGAGUUAGAGGAAGACGACUUCGUGGAGAAUUGGGGAAACACGAAACCCGAGGAUCUAGCUGCGCUUUGUCCUGUCCAACUGCCUGUGACGAUUAAAUACGUUAUCGAAAUCUCCAAGCUCGGUAAAAUCUACGAAAGGAUUGCAUCUGUUCAGUACUCAUGUACCUACCGUCCUACUCACAGGGAUCUUGACGACCUUGCCAACGACCUUGCGGAUUGGAAAAAUAACCUACCACCAGAACUCUCAACACUCCGUUAUGACGAAAUGCGAACAUGGACGUCAGAAAACUUCUGGCCAAUAUUACUUCAGCUCGUUCACGACCGUGCAGUAUCUAUGCAUUAUCGCCCGCGAUGUUCAUUACCGAAGGGUCGUGCGUCAUGGGAAAGUGAAAGUUCCACUGGAGACGACGAAGCGUUGGUAAAAGAGAGAGAGAAGGCUAGAAAAGCAGUGGUUAGCGCAGCGAGCAAUACAUUUAGACUCACUGAAGACCUCCUGAGACACGAUUUGUUGAAAUACGCCCCUGCCGCUGUUCAAACACCACUUUUCAUCGCUAUGAUUGUCUACGCCGAAGAAAUCAAACUCGCGCCUGAAGGCUCGACCCGCCAUAGUCUUGCUACUAACAAGAUAAACGUGGGUAUGAUGGCUCUCGGCGAGCUACGGAAAAUCUGGGCGGCUUCAUCAUGGACAUUCCGUCUCUUCGAGUUCAUAAUCAAAAACAAGUUCGUGGGAAUUGGAAAACCAGAUAUCUCUGUUGGCGGUGGUGCUGGGGUUCCCCCAGAUGUGGCCAGCCACACAGGCCUUAACAAUCCGCAUGGAGGAAUGCACCCAGUGGAUGAUGCGGAUGUGUGUAACACACAUGCAGGAAUUCCAGAACUAGACAUUGACCCACAACUUGCUGCUGAGAGUGAACGAGGCUUUUUACCGGGCGGAAUAGAUCCUCACAUACCAAAUUCCGCGACUCCAACUCCAGGUCCAGGUCCAAUUUCUGGUGGACAACCAGUGUUCUGGAAUACUGGCAAUCAUGAAACACUAAGCCCAGAUGCUGCUGGGUAUGUUAUGUGGGAUGGGCACCAUCCAAACAUGAUGGGGCAUCAACCUGGACCCGAAGGGUGGGGUGGUGGGCAUUACGGUAUGGGAAUGAAUGGCCCUGGUGAUGGUCCUGGUGGUGGCCAUGCUGGUGAAGAUACAGGUGGGUUUGAUCUUACAUGGCUGGCGAUGAGUGGGCUAGCUGGGGAUAUGCCGUUCCAUUUUGAAGGCGGGCCGGUCACGGGCGGUGGGGGUUCGAUUGGAUACAACGGAGCACCCGAUAUCGCAAAAAUGUCUGGUGGUUCCCUCAACCCUGCCAAGAUGGGAGCAACCGCAAUCGAUCUCUGGAAUAUCCUAGGCCUCGGCGGUAGCAACUCAUUCAGCAAUUUCUAA